GGUGGCCUUGGAUUGACAGUUUGGACGUUGACCUGCUACCUCCAUCACCCUCACCUCCCCAUCGUCCUCUACUCAACAAACUACUCCGAACAUGUCUGACUCCGAGGGAGACUUCUCCGAUGAGCUCCUCGAGCUUGCUGGUGCCACUGAAAAGAAACGAAGAAAGCGCCAGGCUCAAACAAACUCUACUAAACGUCGCAAAGCCGAUGUGUCUAUGGGGUCGGAUUCUGACAAUGUCAAUGAACCUGAAAGCGAGGAGGACGAUGGAGAGUCGAAUCCGUAUCCCCUGGAGGGAAAAUACACUGAUGAGGCGGACAGGGAACGGCUAUUGGGCCUUUCCGAGAUUGAACGAGAGGACAUUCUCGCUCAACGUCAGGAAGAAAUGCAGCGGAUCAAGAUGCGAAGUCAACUUGAUCAAAUGGUCAAGGACCAGAACGGUAGGAAGGAUGACAACAAUAUUUCGAAGACUGCCAAACGACAACACACGCAAAGAGGUGCUACGAAGGAGAAAACUCGAAAGCUUGACGAGCUGAAAGCCAAACGGAAAGCCAAGGACGAGAGGAAACGAACCAAGACGGAUUCCCCGAAGCGGGACCGCUCGUCCUCGCCCAUGGAUAUGGAAACAUCAGAAGAAGAGGACGAAGAUGGCCAAGUCAGCAAACUCGAAGAGGAAGAGGAACGGCUUAACAAAAUCUAUGGCAAAGAUUCGCCAGCCGAAGAGGAACCUAUAGCCAUCGAAGACUUGGAGAAAGUCAGAAUAUCACGAGAUCACCUGGCGAAAUAUUGCCUUUCGCCGUGGUUCGAGGACUAUGUCAAAGGCGCGUGGGUCCGAUACCUUAUUGGCAUGGAUGAGGCCCAACAGCCAAUAUAUCGAGCGUGUGAGGUUGUCAAUCUCGGUGCAAACCUUGUCAAGCCGUAUAAGAUCAACGACCGUACUAUCAAUCAAGUAUUGGAGUUGAAGCACGGCGCUGCCAUCAAGACAUGGGCGAUGGACAAGGUCUCCAAUUCUCCUUUCACCUCACGAGAGUUCGACCGAUUAGUCCGAGUGUUUGACUCUGAGAAGAUCAAACUCCCGUCAAAACGACAGAUCGAGAAGAAGGCAGAGCAAAUCCACAAGUUUGCUACUCAACCCAUGACAGAGAGCGAUAUCAAUGCUAUGCUCGCACGAAAGCAUCAGCUACAGGCGAGCAAACUGACUGGUACCGCGCUUACCAUGGAAAGAUCCCGUCUGUCACAAGCUCGCACGUUGGCCCUUCGCCGUCAUGAUCAGGAAGAAGUGCAACAGAUAGACGCCAAACUGGUUGAACUCAGUGAGCAGCAAGCGGAUUCCAAGCCAUCAAGAAAGCAAGAAGAAUCAGUAGAGGAUAUCCUUGCCAAAGUCAAUGAACGGAAUCGUCGCGCUAACGCUGAAGCAAUUCGCAAAGCGGAACUGAGGGAAACAGAGCGUAAACGAAGGGAACGGAAAUUGGCUUUGGCUAAUGGUUCUGCGACGCCUACUACUCCGAAUGACCCCUCAGGAAGACUGAAGUCGACGUCCAAGUUCUUGAGUUCCAGACCAGGAACACCGGGGAUCGCAACGCCUGGUCCCACCGAUAUUGCUCGGUCCGUAUCACCUCUACCAGCAGCUGCUACGACCAUUUCCACCACCACCCCAUCAAAACCCUCAUCUGGGCUGAAGAGUAGCUUCGAAGCCUCGGUAUUGGAGUCUGUAGAUAUCGACCUCGGUGAUUUCUAGCGACUCGUUUGAGGCUUUUCGAUUGAGGACGGGUGGAUUCUAUAAUUAUUUGUUUCGCAUAUUGUUUUGUAAUAACACCAUCUACACUACAUACCAUGGCAACCUCAUUUGUAUUCAUCUCGCAUCUUACACCAAUAGACCAUAGCGUGUAGACCAUCGUGCUUGGUGUGAGACCUAUUUUCGUAUUCUUCACAGUACCGAAUUUCGUAGGGACAUCGAAGUUCAAAUUUCAAAGGUCAAAGGGAGCAAUUCAAAUCAUGAUGAUCCUAAUUCGACGCCAAAGCGUUUGAGUUUCUCGUAAUACUUUUGAACUCGACUUGCGACUUGUCUCGCCGUCCGUCUCCCAUUCAUGGCCCUCGAGAUUUUCGCCCACCUAAUGCAUAGAGUG